CCCCCAAAACUUAUUAGUUGCAAUUUAUUUCAGCACUGCAGGAGGCCUAUACUACCUACCUAGUACCUACCAACAAUCGAUAUAAUUGUUGUUAAGGUUACAUUUCCCUUAUACUGGGAACAGUAAAAACUAAGCAGAGUACACUCAAUAGAAGAAGAAAAAAUGAGAUUCCUCAUUUUUGGAUUAGUUCUUUGCAGUGUUUUGAUGGUUGCACAUUCACAAAAAAAGAUGGUGUGCUACUAUGGUACAUGGGCAGUGUAUCGUCCAGGAAACGGAAAAUUCGAUGUAGAGGACAUUGAUACCAACCUCUGCACCCAUAUCAUUUACGGAUUCACAGGACUCGGAACGGACAACACAAUUCAGUGUCUCGAUCCAUGGAACGACCUUUACGACGGCGGUGGAAAGGGAGCUUUGUAUCGUUUCACUGGACUGAAAAGCAAAAAACCGUCGAUGAAAGCGCUUGUCGCAAUUGGCGGAUGGAACGAAGGGUCCGAAAAAUACUCUGUGAUGGUGUCUGAUCCUGCCAAACGAGCGGUAUUUGUCAACUCCGUAGUGAAUUUUAUAAAAAAAUUCAAUUUCGACGGACUUGACUUUGACUGGGAAUAUCCAGCUAAUAGAGGCGGAAUCCCUUCUGACAAGCAAAAUUUCGUCAGCAUGAUUCAAGAAUUGAGGAAUGCUUUUGCCCCGUACGGUUGGCUGCUUACAGCUGCUGUUUCUCCUGGAAAGUCGACAAUUGACAGCGCAUACGAUAUUCCAGCGGUAGCGAGUAAUUUGGAUCAGGUCCAUGUUAUGACCUAUGACUAUCAUGGGGCUUGGGACCCGUACACUGGUUUGAAUUCUCCGUUGUUCUCAAACAAUCUUGUCGAUAAAGGCACUGACAAUAUCUUGAAUGCGAACUGGACGAUUAACUACUGGAUCUCGAAUGGUGUACCUCGUUCUAAAAUCAUUUUCGGGAUGCCACUUUACGGUCGCGGAUUUGUUCUUGACAAUCCUUCCGUAAAUGGCUUCUAUGCUCCAGCCGCUCUUCCUAUUCCCGAUGGACCCUAUACGAGGCAAAAUGGAACAUGGGGAUACAACGAGAUUUGCGAGAAAUUUAAAUAUGAAGCUGGAUGGACAGUUGUUCGUGACUCAUGCUACAUGUCUCCUUACGCAGUCAAGGGAAAUCUUUGGAUAGGAUACGAUGACCAACAGUCAUUGCGGGCUAAGGCUCAAAUGGUUGCUGCCAUGAAUUUGGGCGGUGCACUUAUUUGGGACAUGGAUACUGACGAUUUCCGCGGUCUUUGUCACGGAACAACAUUCAUUUUGACCAAAACAGUUAUCGAUGCCAUGAACGGGCCAACUAACCUCAUGCCAAGUCCGAGUUAUCCUUGUAGAACUGAUACUACAUUAACAACUACAUCCGUAAGCACAACUACUGCAACUCCUCCUUCAACGAAGAAAAAGAUGGUGUGCUACUAUGGUACAUGGGCAGUGUAUCGUCCAGGAAACGGAAAAUUCGACGUAGAGGACAUUGAUACCAACCUCUGCACCCAUAUCAUUUACGGAUUCACAGGACUCGGAACGGACAACACAAUUCAGUGUCUCGAUCCAUGGAACGACCUUUACGACGGCGGUGGAAAGGGAGCUUUGUAUCGUUUCACUGGACUGAAAAGUAAAAACCCGUCGAUGAAAGCGCUUGUCGCAAUUGGUGGAUGGAAUGAAGGCUCUGAAAAGUACUCAAUGAUGGUUUCUGAUCCAGCCAAAAGAUCAAUCUUCGUUAAUUCCGUAGUGAACUUCAUCAGGAAAUAUGGCUUUGAUGGUCUAGAUUUCGACUGGGAAUAUCCAGCUAAUAGAGGAGGAAUCCCAUCUGAUAAGCAAAAUUUCAUCAGCAUGAUUCAAGAACUGAAAAAUGCUUUUGCCCCGUACGGUUGGCUGCUAACAGCUGCUGUAGCUUCAGGAAAAUCGACAAUUGACACUGCGUACGAUAUUCCAGCAGUAGCGAGUAUUUUGGAUCAAGUCCAUGUGAUGGCCUAUGACUAUCAUGGGGCUUGGGAGCCGUACACUGGUUUGAAUUCUCCGUUAUUUUCAAAUCCUUAUGUUGACAAAGGAACUGACAAUAUUUUGAACGUGAACUGGACGAUUAACUACUGGAUCUCGAAUGGCGUACCUCGUUCUAAAAUCAUCUUCGGGAUGCCACUUUAUGGUCGCGGAUUUGUUCUUGACAAUCCUUCCGUAAAUGGCUUCUAUGCACCAGCUGCUCUUCCUAUUCCCGAUGGACCGUACACUAGACAAAAUGGAACAUGGGGUUUUAAUGAGAUUUGCGAGAAGUUCAAAUAUGAAUCUGGAUGGACUGUUGUUCGUGAUUCGUGUUAUCAAUCUCCCUAUGCAUUCAAGGGAAAUCUUUGGAUAGGAUACGAUGAUCAACAGUCAUUGAGAACAAAGGGUCAAAUGAUUGCUGCUAUGAAUUUGGGCGGUGCACUAAUUUGGGACAUGGACACUGACGAUUUCCGCGGCCUUUGCUACGGAACAACAUUCAUUUUGACCAAAUCGAUUAUCGAUGCCAUGAAUGGUCCAACUAAUCUUAUGCCAACUAAUCCAUGCGCAACAACAUUUACAUCAACUACCCCGACGACAACUACUACUCGGACGACUACUCCAACAACAACAACUACUCCAACAACUACUACUCGGACAACCACCCCAACAACCACUACUACUCCGACGACAACAACUACUCCAACAACAACCACUCCGACCACAACUACUACUCGGACAACCACCCCGACAACCACUACUACUCCGACGACAACAACUACUCCAACAACAACCACUCCAACCACAACUACUACUCGGACAACCACCCCAACAACCACUACUACUCCGACGACAACAACUACUCCAACAACAACAACCACUCCGACCACAACUACUACUCGGACAACCACCCCGACAACCACUACUACUCCGACGACAACAACUACUCCAACAACAACAACCACUCCGACCACAACUACUACUCGGACAACCACCCCGACAACCACUACUACUCCGACGACAACAACUACUCCAACAACAACAACCACUCCGACCACAACUACUACUCGGACAACCACCCCGACAACCACUACUACUCCGACAACAACUACUACUCGGGCAACAACAACUACAACAACUACUCCCCCAACGUCGAUUGCAACAAUACAUCCACCCAGUUAUUACUGCAAAAGAGAAGGAUAUAAUGCUGAUCCGGACGACUGCGGUGUUUUCCAUCAGUGUGUAUACUACACUGAAACUGGAUGGCAGGAUUUCGUUCAACCGUGUGCGCCGGGAACCGUAUUCAGUGAGAGCAUGUACACAUGCGCCCAACCAGAAUUGGUCCCGGGAUGUGAAUUCUACUACGAAAAUAAAACCACGCAACAGAUAUCUUAAAUCUAGCAGCAAUUGUUCUAUAUUUCGAUCAACUCUAUUGGAUCAAUUUACCGCAAUUUUUUAAAAUUUCAUUUUCUUUACAGGGUGGUGGAAAAUUUCUGUGAAAUAUAUUCAAUUAAUUACAAGU